GCCGCGCUGGGAUGGUCGGCGGCCAGAAGGGCUGUCACCGUGAGGCGGGCCCGCCGCGAAGCCGCGCCCCGGCCGGGUGUAGACGGCAGGCCCCGUAGGUGAAGGGACAGAAACGGCCGGCGGCCAGGAGCCCACGAAAGUGGAGAGCAUUCUCUGGCUGGGAAAUCCAUCGAUUUGAAGCUUGAGGAGGAAAACAUACUGUUGCUGUUUUCAAGGUGGAGGGGACACUUGAGAAGGAAUGCAGGAGGCCUCGAGUUGCUGAAGGAAAUUAAGGAUUGCAAGGCCUUGCUUUGACAAGCACAUCCUGUUGUCUUUACAGAGAUCUCAAUGAAGAAUAAUCUCAAAGGAACAUUUGUCUCCCUAUACCCCUGCUCAUGGCCACGAGCUGCUAGCAAAUGCUUUUAAUGACAGAAAAACCAUCAUCUACCCUUGUUCUUAGCCUGGUUUAGGCAGUCGAAUGAAGGUUUCCUUCAGUUGUCUCCAGAACUCUGUUGCUGAAGCACUUCUCUUUGUUGGGUGAAUGUUCAGGAAGCCCUUUCCUGGGCCAGUUUAGGAGCCCUUAAGUCUCUCGGAGUCUAUGACAUGGAAGCUUUGGAAGUGGAUGACAUCAGCCCAGCCUUGGAAGUUACUGAGGAUUUCUUCAGCACUUUUGAUAGUAAGCUAGAAAAGGCUGUGCAGCAAGCUGAAGUGUAUGGGAUUCAGGAAGUCCCUGAAUUGGUGGGGCACGAGGUACUAAGUACCAUAACAGACAAUGGUGCUAUCAGAAGUGUUGCCUCCCUGGGCAAGGGGGGCUUGAUCUGGGACCACUGUAAGAGCAGGCUCUUAGAAACCAAAGCUCAAAAUGUCUUCCCUGCCAAAGAACAGUUUGUGGUUCAGAAAGGGACUACCCCAGAUAAUCUUUCCUGGAUGGAACAAAAAGAAGCAUCAACCUUUAACUUUUUCAACAUCUGUCAGCGUCGGAGGGACAGACCUCGAUCCGUGAAUGACUUAUUGGACGAGACCUCUACUUUCAAGCCAGGGCAUGCGCGAUCGAGGUCGGAUAUUACCCAAGUGGACUGGAGGCUGGUCCUCAAGACCAUGCCUCUGCAGCGGCCGCAGUCGCCUCCUCAGGGCCCUCAUUUCACCAGGCCGUCUUUUCUGUUGUCACUGCCAAACAAGGUGGAAGAUGCUCAAGGAAAUACUGAACACAAGCAAGCAUUCCCAAACAUUCUGAAGAAGGGGUACCUGGAGAUUAGGAAGGACCAUGACAGUUACUGGCAGAGCUGUUAUGCAGAACUCUCACCCUACAACUUAUCCUUCUACAGCCUUGACAGCAGUGGCAAUCAAGCCCUCUAUGCCACCUACCAGCUUUCGCACUUCCAGAGCAUAUCGGUGUUGGGCAACCUCGAGGCCAGGCUGGUGGAUACCGUUCUCUAUGACAACACUCAGCUGCAGUUGAAGGCAGAGUCACCAUGGGAGGCUUUGGACUGGGGGCAGAAGCUUUGGGAAGUCGUGCACGCCACCGUGCCUGGGUACGUGGGGCGGCAGGAAGAGCUGGCCAACUCCCCAGGGCUCGGUCAUCAUGUUGACUGUACACAGAACCAUUGUUUACAGAAGAAAUCCAGUGAGCUUCUCGCGCCACCACCUGUGUUGGAGAGCCCCAGACAAUACCAAAACAUCACCAAAUCGGGGACGCUGUACAGGCUGACCAUCCAAAACAACUGGAAGGCAUUUACGUUUGUGCUGAGCAGGGCCUGCCUGAUGGCUUUCCAGCCCGGCAAGCUGGACGAGGACCCCCUGCUGAGCUACAAUGUGGACGUGUGUCUGGCUGUCCAGAUGGACAGCCUGGACGACUGUGACUCUUGCUUUCAAGUCAUUUUCCCCCAAGAUGUCCUCCGCCUCCGGGCAGAGACCCGGCAGAGGGCCGAGGAGUGGAUGGAGGCUCUGAAAACAGCUGCCAAUGUGGCGAGGAGUUCAGAGCAAAACCUGCAGGUGACCCUGAGGAGCAAACCCAAGGAUCAGAUGGGCAGGCCCGAACUCCGAAAGAACAAACGUCAGUCUGUGACCACCAGCUUCCUCAGCAUUCUGACAACUUUGUCUUUGGAACGAGGGCUCACUGCUCAGAGUUUCAAGUGUGCAGGAUGCCAGCGAUCCAUAGGCCUUUCCAAUGGGAAAGCCAAGGUGUGCAAUUACAGUGGGUGGUAUUACUGCGGCAGCUGCCACGUGGACGACAGUUUUCUCAUCCCCGCACGCAUAGUCCACAACUGGGACACUUCAAAAUACAAGGUGUCUAAGCAGGCCAAAGAGUUUCUGGAGUACGUGUAUGAAGAGCCCCUGAUCGACAUCCAGCAGGAGAACCCGAUGCUGUACCACCACGCUGAGCCGCUGGCCACCGUGGUGCGGCUGCGGCAGCGGCUGAAAUCGCUGCGAGCCUAUUUGUUCAGCUGCCGGGCCGCUGUGGCCGAGGAUCUGCGCCGCAGAAUUUUCCCCAGAGAAUACCUCCUUCAACAGAUCCACCUGUAUUCCCUCGCUGAUCUGCAGCAGGUGAUAGAGGGGAAGCUGGCUCCAUUCUUGGGCAAGGUCAUUAAAUUUGCCACCUCACACGUGUACAGCUGCAGUCUUUGUAGCCAAAAAGGGUUCAUCUGUGAAAUCUGUAACAAUGGAGAGAUCCUCUACCCUUUUGAGGAUAUUUCAACAAGCAGGUGUGAAGGCUGUGGAGCCGUUUUCCAUUCCGAAUGCAAAGAAAAGUCCGUCCCCUGCCCGAGGUGUGUCCGCCGAGAGCUGCAGAAGAAGCAGAAGUCUUUCUGGCGGAGGCUGAACGUGGACGAGAGCCUGGAGGAGGCUUGCACCAUGUUCGAGCUCUCCUACCAGAGCACCUGACGCGGCAGGAGCCCAGGACAGGGACUGACCUCUCACCGACCCAUCAGCCCGGGGGCUUCCUGACCCGCCAGCUAGACCCCUUUGGAGGAGGAGUAUGCCGCAUCUUCAGCUAGAUAAUAGAUAUACAUUUACAUACAUACACACACAUACAGCUACGUCCCGUAUGUACGUUCUGUGUAAAUCACUGUCCCAAAGGUCCGCGAAGCCCCUGUGGCUCAGAGAAACUGCCAGUAGCUGAAUUGCACUUAGCCAUGAAUUUCAGCAGUUUGUUCCCAAGCGAAACGAAACCGUGGUUUACACACAAUGCUUUAUAUAAUUCAGAUGUUUUUUCUUGUUUUGUUUUGCUUUGUUGUUGUUUGGCUCUCAGGGGCCAUUUGACUACGCAGGACACAGGAGGAAGCAUUUCCUACAGAAGCACAGAACUUCGGGUUAUGUUUGUGUUAUUUAUUCUGAGCCUUCACAGAGGAUGCAGUAGCUGAGGCAAGCACUCAUCAUCAUCUGUUUCACAAGAAAAUCUUCAGAUCACAGGGCUGGAUGACUCCGGGUCACCGCAGUUUCCACCGCACAGGUGGGGACCACCUCAGCUGAGCCGAGUGGCCCAGAAAUGAGGAGUGUGAGCUCCCUCCAACAGAAAGCAACGCACCCCUGCUUUAUGAGGAGAGCUCCUUCUGGCUUUGAAGUUAAUCUCGGGUUUUUUUCCUGAGGAAAAAAGAAAACUGAGAGAGACCUCUGCGACCAAUAGCUGCAUGUUGUCGGUCUGUUUGCUGGUACGAAUCCCACCGCCACCUACGGGUGCGACACCCCAGCACAUUUGGUUGAAAACAUAGCUUUCUAAAGAGCAGUUUUUCCAGGGUUUCAUGGGUAAUAUAUUUAUGAUUUUUUUUUUUAAUGGUGCUGGCCUGAGGAAAUUCCUACGAUUGUGGUCAAACACAACGGUUUGUAGACUGUGGAUGUCAUGCGUACAUUCUGUGGGACGGUGUUCAAUUUCUUUUCACAGGGUCUUAUGUAUGCGUUUCCUACCUAUUUAUUUUAAAUGCUUUAUUUCUCGUUGUUCUCCAUUGCACUUUCACUUUGGCCUUUCAUCUGUCAAUUUAACGACUUCUGCUUUCACAUUUUUAAAAUUGUUUACAAAAUCAAAGUAACAUGGGACUUCAAAACACCAACGCUAGACUCUUAAGAAAACACCAAACUUAACGAAUAUAAUUAAUGAACUAAAUGUGAUAAUAUUGUUUAAAUAGAUAUAUAUAUAUACACACACACAUACUUGCCACCUUGACGUGAAACAAAAGUGCUAAAAUUGUAUCCUAGGAAUAGGAAAUAUAAUGAAUUGCUUCACCACUCGGCAGAGCCAUGUCCCGCCCCUCCCCCCAGUGCCCCCCCAGCCCGGGGCCGUGUGGAAGCCAGCAGAGCUGUCAUGACCAAAAUGUCAGGCAGGCCGGCUCUGACCAUCACGGCUCCGUUCCUUCCACCACACUCUUCCCAGAGCAGAGAGAUACACUGAUAAUGAAGCAGUUUUCAACAGGCCAUAUGAGAAGACGCUGGAUGUUUCCACUGAGCAGACCCCUCCAAGGCCUUCAUGGUUUGGUAUUUGGUAGUGUCACUGCUGUUGGGACCUGGGGACUCAGUGGCUCACGAAGCACAGGUUACAUUUAACCCUGUUGCUGCUUCGCCCCCACACCUUGCUCCCUCCAUAUCCUGAUUCUUGAUACCUCUGCCCAUGUAGACACGUGCCAUUCCAGACUGACUUUUGCACAGCCUGCUGGAUGCAAACAUUUCACCUCUCAACCCAUGCCAGUUCCUUUGGCUCCGGACCACACAUUUCAGCCUACUAGCUCGCCACCACGCACGCACGUCUGUUCUGACUCUGCAGCAGCUGCCGCCAGGGGCACAAAAACGUGCUCCAAGGCCAAGAUCCCAUUCAUGAGACACCUUACGGUGCCUUUUAUUCUUGGAAAAAAACAGGUUGAUUUCCCCCCACCCCAACUCCAGUCAUCGAGAACAUUGCACACAAAAGAUAAAGGGUGGAAAAUCUCAAACAAGCACUUGGCUAACAGGCAAACAAAUUUGAUCCUCUCCCCCUUUUCCCUCCCCUUCGUGAAAUACAGUAUUUAUAUUUUCCAGCCUCAGAGAAGAUAGCAGAACAUGAUCUUUCACAAGAGAAUUAUAGACCUGCUUAUUAUAAAACAGAUGUGCUCCGAUGGCAAAGUGCCUUCUCCCCUCCGCCCCCAGCUCCCCGGCGCUGUAGCUUACUUCUGCCUGCGCUAUAAUUAAUGUACCGGUGAUCCCCGCCUGUCAGCGAGGCCAGCCCCGGCACACUGCAUUCGGGCCGCCCCCCUCGCCCCCUGUAGAAUGCUUGCUCUACGUACAGAAUUUCCUGUCCCACCUCCCAGGCACCUAGUGUCAGGCCUGCCGAGAGGGGGACAUUCUGGACCACUGUCUUAAAGUCCUUUGUUUUCACGGGUGCCCAGUUAGAGGGCCUUGCCAAACGCUGGCAUUCCCUGCAUACCCCAAAGGACACCUUUCUACCCACGUCAUUUUCCGCUCAUUUUCAAAAAAGAAAAAAAAAAUAGACGUACUAUCGCCAUCGGCUACCCAGAAGCGGAAUGGCAUCCCAGCUGCUUCUGUUUUCUCACCUUUUCUAUGUCCCUGAGGGCCCAGCCGGUGCUGCCCGGCGGCCACACAGCAGUCAGCCACCACCACCAAAAUCUGAUAGGACAGAGUGGAGCCAGUUUACGAACUGGGUCUGUCGUGAAAAUUCAAAAUUGCUGUUUUCCAGCCCAGAGACGCCUUAGAGCACAUGAACGCCCUUACUGUUUUCAACCCAAACAAAGGACUCGGUUCACUGUUAGGUAAUUGUUCCACAGCUUAGAAGCUGUCGAAACAAAAGCAGAUCUGUGGAUUACCACCUCCUUAAGAACCAAGCUAAUACCUGCCUUCCCUCCUGUUCCCUUUCUCAUCCCAUAUUAAAUAUCUCACACAUAAAGCACACGAGAAAACGGCCAAUUAAUCUCCUACGGCCGGCGGCUGACUCCAGGGAAACUCUUCACUUGAAAGGCCCGUUCCCUGGUGUAUCACUUGAGGAAAUCCCUUCUAACAGCGCCAGAAACUCAUGUGUGAGACAGUCCAAGCCUGGUAAAAUGUUGGCAUCCAACCCUGCAGUAGAGAAGCCAGUUCCCAAAAUAGAGCUCAGUUGUACCGCUGCAGGAAGGCCACAGAGUACUUUAAAAGCAGUCAACUGGAAUCGAGUCGUGUUCUUUCCAGGGCUGAUUUCCCCCAAAGUUGAAAGCCUCUUUAUAUGAAAACCAUGUAAACUCUCCUCGCCCCCCUUUGCUUCACUGCCUUUUCAGGGUACUGUGUUCUAGCCGCUUCCAUAUCUGUAGCACUAAACGGUAAUACUUUAGGACCUUGAAUACUUGAUUAGCUGACAGGGUAAUCGCCUUUUAAUUCUACUAGACCAGAACUCCACCAAAAAAAAAAA